CUCAGGGCGAAAAUGCACCAUGCCAUGGGAGUGUCAACGGGCGAUCGUUGUUGCGGUCAAAAUACGGCGAUGCAGGCGAGGAAUGGGAUCUGCGACAAAAUCGAAAAUUACAUAUCCGAGCUCGGACAGUGGGCGAUAUGGAGAACGAUAAUAAUGGGGCAAUUUUUGUCCCUGGUGAUGUGUUUCAUGACGCUCGUAAAUCAUCACAUCAACACCUCGCUGCAGCUUUUGCUUCCGACCGGACAAAACAUUCCGCAUUACGUUAUGAUGAGCCUUGUGUACACAACCUGGAUGUCCUGCAGAGGAGUGGGGAACGGCCUAAUUUCAGUCAUAAGGGCCCGCGGAUGGAGGUACUUGUUGUUGGCACUCAUUGACGUCGAAGCAUGCACACUUGUAACAUACUCGCAUCAAUUCACCAGCCUAGCUAGUAUACAGCUGCUCGACUGUGUGGCCAUACCAGUCGCGUUGGCACUCUCGUGCUUGGUCCUCGGCGUGAGGUACAGAAUGGUGCACAUCGUCGGCGUUUCCGUUUGCUUGAUGGGGGUGGGAUGUUUGGUUUGGGCGGGGAUCGACGACAAUAAAGAUCCUGCAUCCACAGGAAAAAAUCAGCUUGUCGGUGACAUGCUGUGCCUCGGCGGAGCGGUGUUGUUCUCGGUGACGACGGUGCUGCAGGAAUUGGCUGUCAAGACAGUCGAUAUCAUCGAGUAUCUGGGCAUGAUCGGUUUCUUCGGCAUGAUAUUGAGCUGUCUGCAAACGGCCGUGCUGGAAAGUCUGAAAUUGGAGUCGUUCCAUUGGAACAACGCGCCCGUGAUCACGUUCUUGGUGGUUUACUGCAUCAUGCAGUUCGUGUUUUUCUCUCUGGUGCCUGUUAUAUUGUUCGAGUCGGGCGCGACGGCGUUGCAGCUGGCAUUGCUGACAGCAGACUCUUUCAACGUUUUAUCCGGCAUGUUGAUCCACGAAUACAAGUUUCACGCAUUGUACUUCGUCUCGUACACGCUUACUAUGACUGGCAUAUACAUUUACGCGAUAAAGAGAACGCCGAUGUCUUCGAACCCGCGGAGACAGCACAUCGAACUCCCUGCUCCGGAUUACAGUUGUCCCUCGAAUAACGCAGGGAUUCGGAACGUCGACGUACCGCGUAGUUGACAAUCCGCGCAACUUUGAAACUCCCCUCCACACUCCUUCCACAAAUCUUUAUUACAUACAUAGCUACUGUUGACCCGAAACCUUAUUAUAUACGCUGUAUAUGCAUAUCUAUAUAUGUACUAUAUUCUUAGAAUAAAAUAGGCUAGGGAAAGGAAAGUGUUCUUCAGGGAAUCAUAGA